AUGUCGUUCCGCGUCCUGAACCUCGUCAAGCCCUUCAUGUCCGUCCUCCCGCGGGUCGAGAAACCGGACAAGAAGGUGCCGUUCAAGGACAAGCUGAUUUACACCUGCGUGGCGCUCUUUGUGUUCCUCGUCUGCUCCCAGCUCCCGCUCUACGGCAUCAAGGCGCAGACGGGCGCCGACCCCCUGUACUGGGCGCGCGUCAUCAUGGCCUCGAACCGGGGGACGUGCAUGGAGCUGGGCAUCAGCCCGAUCGUGACCUCGGGGCUCGUGAUGCAGCUCCUCGCGGGAUCCAAGAUUCUGGACGUCGACAUGUCCAUCGCAGCGGACAAGGAACUCUUCGACGGCGCCGAAAAGGUGCUCGGCAUUCUCAUCACCAUCGGCGAAGCCGUCGCGUACGUCAUCUCCGGCAUGUACGGCGACGUCCGCGAGCUCGGUCUCAUCAGCGCCACCCUGAUUGUCAUCCAGCUCUUUGCUGCGGGCAUCCUCGUCAUCUGCCUCGACGAAAUGAUGAAGGAGGGCUACGGCCUCGGGUCGGGCAUCUCGCUCUUCAUCGCGACGAACAUCUGCGAGAACAUCGUGUGGAAGGCCUUCAGCCCGUACACCGUGCAGUCCCCGCGCGGCACCGAGUUUGAGGGGGCCCUCAUCGCCGCCGUGCACGUGCUCCUUACGCGGUCCGACCGCACGCGCGCGCUCAAGGAGGCCUUCUACCGCAGCAACCUCCCGAACAUCACCAACCUCCUCGCCACCGUCGUCGUCUUCCUCAUGGUGAUCUACUUCCAGGGGUUCCGCGUCGACCUCCCCGUCAAGUCCAAGCGCUCGUCGCACUUCCGCACGGUCUACCCGAUCAAGCUGUUCUACACCUCGAACAUGCCCAUCAUCCUCCAGUCCGCGCUCGUCUCCAACCUCUACUUCAUCUCGCAGCUGCUCUUCCGCCGCUUCGGCGGCAACAUCCUCGUGCGCCUGCUCGGCGUUUGGCGCGAGAUGGAGGGUUCCGGGCAGUCCGUGCCCGUCGGCGGCCUCGUGUACUACCUCUCGCCGCCGAUGUCGCUCAAGGACGCCGCCGCGCACCCCGUCCACACGCUGUUCUACGUGGGCUUCAUGCUCGCGGCGUGCGCGCUGUUCUCGAAGACGUGGAUCGAGGUGUCGGGGAGCUCCGCGAAGGACGUCGCGAAGCAGCUCAAGGAGCAGCAGCUCGUGCUCGCGGGCCACCGCGACGACAUCAAGGUGCUGAAGCGCGAGCUGAACCGUUACAUUCCGACCGCGGCGGCGUUUGGGGGGAUGUGCAUCGGCGCGCUGACGAUCGUCGCGGACUUCAUGGGCGCGAUCGGGUCCGGGACGGGGAUCCUGCUCGCGGUGACGAUCAUCUACGGCUUCUUCGAGCAGGUGGAGAAGGAGCGCGCUGCGGCGCUGUACGGCGGGAUGUAA